UUAAUAACCGUCGGUUUUAUGGUAUUGGACGUUAGAAUGCAAUUGGAUAUAAAUGUACAAACGAGAAGGGUGCCUAGGGGUAGGCACAUGCCACCCAGGAUGGACGAUAAUAAUAGGGAUGAUGCGGAAAGGGAUUUCGAUGAAGAUGAAUAUGAUGAAACUGAUGAAACCGAAGCGAAUUAAAAUUAUUUUCAAGGUUCUUGGACUACCGAAGAAGAAUUUGAUGGACCUGACGAGUAAAUUCAAAUUUCUCGCUAAAAAAUGUGCCGUUUUUAUCACAAAAUUCCUUUGAAAUUUCAAAUAAACUAU